AUGCCCGGCAUGGCUGGCAUAGCCAACAGCCGACGCCAUGCAGACAUUAAUCCGCGCCGCCCCACAUCACUCCCCUAUGGGAGCCAGCUGCUCCUAGAGGUCUGCCGUAUAGCUUUUUAUUCUGUGUGUAGCUCAAUAUAUCAUGAUAGUUAG